GAUCUCCGUCCUUCCGCCUCAGGCAGUGUCACCGGCAGCACGAUGUUGCAGAGUGGAAGCACGUCGAUUCAAAGGUGUAGAUCAGUAGGAGAAAGCUGAAGGAGACAUUGUCCACGUCCUCAUCAAGAGAUAGCGGCUCAAAGGUCCGAGUCCAAAGGUCAAAGGAACGCAACUCCGCCGAGCCUCAACAGAUGACUCUAGGGAAAUUUCACUCUCUCCUGCCGCCCGAGAUCAUCAAGCAUUGCCCCCUCGAAUGGGCAGCAUCCGCCCUUGAAGCUGUCGACAAUGACGACGAGGAGGCGUAUUUUGAUUUAGACAAGGGCGGCGCUUGCUACCGGUCCGAGAAGGAGCAGCUUGCUCGUGCUCGCUGCUGCUUGCGAUGUGCUAUGGAGGGCAUCGCAUGCCUCGUAGUCCCCGGAGCCAAGACGACCACCUGCCAGGGAUGCGUCAAGGCAAAGGCUGUCUGCAGCGCUGGAGCCUCGUUCCCUCCUGGUCUCAUUCCUGGCUUUCGUCGCUGGGCCAUUGAGCGGGUCAAGGAGCUCAACAAGCCUGGCACCCAGCACAAGCCCGCUGAAUGGAUGGCUCUGCGCAACGAGCACCUGGAGCUGGGCUUGGGACGGGCCUAUGUUCGCGAGGUUGAGGAGACGCCAAAGCAGAGGCGCAAGAGGAAGCGCAACUCGACGGACACCGGAUCCCAAUCGACGUCUGGUUCGGCGCCAGCCCAAGCUGCGCAGCCCACCAUCGCUGCUCCUCCCCGGUCCGCCGCGGCAUCUGAGCCUGGUCCUCGCCCCGUCGCUGGAUAUACGCCUCAUCAAGCCUACGGCGUCGCCCCUCAUCCAGCUCAAUCGGCCCCACACUCAUUUCAGUCCUCCUCUACUCAUCCCUCCAUUCAUACCGCACAUUCAACUUCUCUCGGCGGUCACGUUCAUCCACUCCAUGGGCUCCAGCCCCACACCAACGGGCGUCUCAUCUUCCUACGACCGUGGGCUGCCUUCGCCUGCCCGUUGGACCCUACUCGUGCUCAAGUAGAGCAGAUGAGGGCCAACUUGCACCAGGCGCAGAGAGAGGUUGAGUGGGCGCGAGGGCAAUACCAGCUGGCUGAACAGCUCGUCAGCCAGCAGGAGCGCAGGGUAGCCGACGAGGCCGCCCGUAGCCAGCGUAUUGCCUCGUGGGUCACUACCAUCGGCCUUCAGCCCACCGACCCCUCGCUGCCCCCUCAGGCGGAUGCAACGCCGCGCCCGUCCCCAUCCAGCUCAUUCCAUCCUUUCCUGCCGGGCCCUUAUGGACCGCGCUUUAUGUAACUCCUCGCACGCCGAGCUCCCUCGAGAUACCUUCGCCCACACGCAUCCAUACCCCCUUCCACGACUCAGCUGACUGUACCAUACUUACACGCAGAAUAGAACAUGAUAUUAGGCUACGAGUCCACCCCUAGGCACUGCCGCAGCACAAUGCGCGAC